CUUAACGCAAAUUGGUGAUACUCUCGUUGUAGUCGGGUGUGCGUCUGUGGGUGGGAAUCUGUAGUCAUCGACGCACCUCGAUCGCUCGACCGAUCGAUUGGCUGAUUGACUGAGAUCGAUCGAUAGACAGAUUGGUUCGUUCUCCCGGUCGCUACCAAGGUGUGGGACAAGUUGUGAGUGGCAGCUAUGGCGGCAGCUUUGGCGGCAGCUUCGGCUGCGUUGAGCGCCGGCCAAGUGGCAGCAGCAUCAGGUAGCCUGUCAACGGCAAGUCCGAGGCAGCCGCUGCAGCGGGGGCAACCGGCGGGAUCCAGCGCAGUUCUUGUCGCAGCGCGCCUGUCGAGAGACGAUCAGAGUGCCGCCCAAUGUUCGGCAUUCUCAGCGUCGGAGAUGUUUGGCGGCUCAGCAGCUGCCGCAUUGCGACAGCAACCACUCUGUGCGACACCCGUGGCUAGAGGCUCACAACACCGCAGACCGGCCAUCGUCUGCAAGGUGCGGCGAAAAUGAGCGCCCUCUCUUUCCACUUCUUCUUCUUCUUCUUCUUCUUCUUCUUCUGCUUUUGCUUCUGCUUCUGCUUCUGCUUCUGCUGCUGAUUGGUUGACGGCAAAUCAAUAGCUCAGAGUGUC